GUUGACACAACGGCGUAUCUUGCUUAACAGUUGUCUACUUAAAAAAAUGUGACCAUAUAAAAAUCCACUUUAUGAAAAUUCAGAUAACUUGAUUAUUACUUAUCCAUGGAGAAUAAAGUAAAACCAGAAGCGAAGAUUGACCAUGUCGUCAACCCGUCGUCGACUGCUCCUUUACUGAACCCUGUGAUCUUGGAAAGAAUUUUCUCUUUCUUGGAUGCCGACACCCUGUUGAAGUCCGUCCGUCUAGUUUGCUCUGUCUGGGCCGACAUCGGUGCUCCAUUCCUCGGUCGAAAAUGUGGCGUCGUUUGUAAAACGUGGUUGCCUUGCCGGCUCUAUCACUUCAAUCCCCAGCUCGCCAGGAAGACGAGAAUCUUCACGGGUUGUUCCUGUGCCACAAGGGCUGACGAAUGUACCUGCCUCGUCCCCUACUUUGUAUUCUUCCUUCCAAAAAUUUGUCAUCUCGUGGAAACCCUUCAGCUUAAAGUAGCUAUCUCAACUACCCGCCAUUGGCCUGAAAUGUGGAUGGGUUUGUACACCUUCCCGAACAUGACUCACCUAGAAAUCGAAGCUAAUUGUCGAAACGAUGCUUUCACGGAAAGAGAAGUUCCCAACUUUGCAAUUCUGCCAAAACUGAAGACGCUCUAUUUUAAAGGGGACAGGUGUAGGGGCAACGUAGGACCCAUUUUCCAACGUUUGAUCAACUCUGCUCCUAACCUGGAAAGAUUGAAAUAUAAGGGGAAUUUCUACCCACAUUUGGAAUUGUGUCGAAAACUUAAUGCCUUCGAGUAUGAGUAUGAUAAUAAAUAUAGUCCUGGGAAACUGGACUUUGUCAAGGUGCUCCGAACUCUUAAGGGUUGUCGAGAUUCAGUAGAACAAGUGACAUUGAUGUGCUUCUUGGAUGAGAGAACAGCUCGUGCUGAUAGAUUUCGCCGGGUGGAGAGACAUAUUGGGAUUGAUUUUCCCUUCCCGAAGCUAACCCAUUUUAUGAUGGAUACUGACAUUUACAAAAUUCAGGACUCCCUGGAUAAUCUCCACUUCCCAAAACUCACACAUUUGUCGAUCGACCAUUUAAGCAUUUCCGAGUUUUUUACAACGUUCCACAAGAGGCACGACCGGGUGAAAUCGAUCGAGCUAAAAUCCCUCAAGGCGGAAAACUUCGUGGAUUCGAAACAAGCGGACAGGGUGAAAAAUUUGUUCCCAGCUUUGCAAGAAUUUACUCUGAAAUUGCAAACGCCACCGGGCUACCGGUUAACGGAGGAGAGCUUCCAUUGGUUCUAUCUUAGUGCAACUUUGGCAUUAUUUAGCGACUGGAAAUUGGCCCGAAUGAAGGUUUUCAUCGGCCACGGAAUUGAAGAAUGUUUCAACUACAGAACUAUAAUGAGGGAGAAAACUUUUAUCAUAUCCGACGUUUUAAAAGGAAUUGCGAAUUGGAAAGUUCUGCAAAAUAUGUGGAUCGAGUUUAACGGGCCCAUUGAUCUAUCGACCGAAAAAGUUCGAGAUGCACUCCUGUCAUGUGGGCCACUUGGACGGGUAGUUCUCAAGGGAAUUCAGUGCGAUGAUCCAACCUUUUCCUGGCUAAAGUCAAAGGAUAAUGUGUUCAUCGUCAUUCGUCCGGAUACCAUUUAUAUCAAUCAGGACGACGUUGGGUUGUGGAAAACUUCUUAAUUUUCAAAUCAGAAGGCGACUAAAUAUUUUGUCCACCUAUUUAUGAAAACAAUGUCGAUUUAUGAAAUAAUUAAUUAACUAUGUACAUAACUAUGUCUAUUGUUAACAUUACUAUGCAUCAGUUACGUAUGGGAAUACCUUAAUAAAUAAAUAAUAUGUUUGUCCUUUUCACACAAUA